GAAACAGAUUUGCUCCAUUAAUGGUAAGCAAUCAGAUAUAAACGAACUUAAGUGUGGAGUUCCAGAGGGAUCCAACCUUGGGCCGUUUUUGUUUCUCUUAUAUAUUAACGACUUACCCAGAUGUCUCCAAACUACUAAGGCUAGAUUAUUUGCAGACGAUACAACUCUUUCCAUCAGUGCUUCAACCGUAGAUGAAAUUGAAUGA